UGACCUCCCCUCCCUUUAUUUAUCUCUUCCCCUUUCGUCCCUCCUCCGUGCGUGUGUUUUGAGUCUUGUGUUUACAAAUUUAACUUGUGCUUUUAAUUUUUCGGGAAUAGAAUGCUAAUUUCUAAUUUCCUUCAGAAUGGUUCUUAGCAGAUUAUGUGUUUUAUUUACCCUCUCAAUCUUGGUCACACUCUCAAUCGGUGACGUUGAUGUAAUUUAUGAUGAUGACAAUGGUUUGAAGGCGUUAGUAGCAAACGUGACAGACGUAGAACACUCGUCAGACUCAUUGGAUAGCAGAACGGCCAAAGUGAAGGAAAACAUAGUUUAUGCUUCAUUACUGAAAGCGCAAAACUUACAUGCGCGUCCAGCACUCAAGCGCAUCAAGUGUCACUCCUGCGACAAUGAUUGUGAUACCAAGGGCGUCUGCACUGAUGCCAUAGUGUGUUACACUGCUCACACUCGAGAUAGCACAGGAGCGGAGACAAAAGCACGAGGUUGCACCGUAGAAGCUAACCAUGUAACCAUGUAUUGCGGGCCACACAAUAUAUCUGCAGGCAGCUUGAUCCUACGCAAAGACUAUACUGGUCCGGAUGGCCAUCAUGCUGUGGUCGACUGUUGUUCAACUGAUUUUUGCAAUAAUGCAUCCUUCCCUGAGCUUCGUCCUCAAGAACGAGAUGGUGAAUUCUCGUAUGAAAGCCAAAAGUACAUCCUAAAACUAUUUUUGGCAAUUUUUGGUCCCCUGGUUGGAAUCGGAGCUUUAUCAAGCAUUGCCAUCCUUGUAAUGAGGCGGAAUCACCAUAAAAGAUUGUUAGCAGCUCGGGAGUUGCAUGCCAAUGCCUUCAUCACAGAUGGCGAUGUCUUACGAGCUACAGCGGCUGGAGAAAGCACUGUCCGAGAAUAUUUAGAGCAGUCAUUAACCUCCGGUUCUGGCUCUGGACUUCCACUCCUGGUUCAGCGCACUUUAGCCAAGCAAAUUUCGCUUGUCGAAUGCAUAGGGAAAGGAAGGUAUGGUGAAGUGUGGCGAGGUGUUUGGCAUGGUGAAAAUGUUGCCGUCAAAAUAUUUUUUAGCCGUGAUGAGGCCUCAUGGAGCCGAGAGACAGAAAUUUACAGCACUGUCUUGUUUCGCCAUGACAACAUUCUGGGCUACAUAGGAUCGGACAUGAUCUCUCGUAAUUCAUGCACUCAACUUUGGCUUGUUACCCACUAUCAUGCUCUCGGCUCUCUCUAUGAUCAUUUGAACAGGACAACGUUGAAUCAUUAUCAAAUGAUGAAAAUUUGCCUAUCAAUUUUGAACGGUUUAUCUCAUUUACACACAGAAAUUUUUGGAACGCAGGGUAAACCUGCCAUUGCUCAUCGUGACAUUAAAACAAAGAACAUUCUUGUCAAAGCGAAUGGAACGUGCGUGAUUGCUGAUUUUGGUCUGGCUGUUAUGCAUUACCACUCAACGGGUCAAAUGGAUAUUCCUCCAAAUCCCCGUGUAGGAACUAAGCGUUAUAUGAGUCCUGAAGUUCUUGAUGAAACACUAAAUAUGAGCUAUUUUGAUGCUUUUCGACAUGUCGAUAUGUAUGCAUUGGGUUUGGUCCUGUGGGAAGUUUGCCGACGCACAGUUGUCAAUGGAAUUGUGGAAGAUUAUCGCCCUCCUUUCUUUGAUCAUGUGCCUAAUGACCCCAGCUUUGAGGACAUGCGUAAAGUAGUCUGCAUAGACCAGUACAGACCCGAUAUUCCUAAUCGAUGGUCCUCCGAUGCUGUCCUGAGUGGUAUGUCCAAACUCAUGCGGGAAUGCUGGCAUCCUAACCCCAACGCGAGACUCACAGCGUUACGAGUAAAAAAGACUUUAGUUAAAUUGAAAACCAAUUUACUGCCUAAAAACGAUGAAUGGUAGUUCAUUUUAGGCACAAUGCAUUGCGUCUGAGUUUUUCGUAUCUAAUUGAUCUUAAGUUAAUGACUGAGAUUUUAUUUUUCUAACGGCCAUAUUUUUAAGGCAGCUCCUUAAGAAAUUUUGUAUCUCUAAUUUUUUUUAGAGAGCGUGCCAUAUCUACAUACGAGAGAAUCGUUUUUAUCGCAACAUGAUCCUUAUCAAUUCAGUGAUUAGAGUUUGAGAUAAACAAUGUUUACUUGGUAUCAAUUGAUUGUGAUAUUACUUUUCUAAAUGUUAUUUGUUGCUUAGAUUAAUUUAUGCUGAAAAUUGGUUAGGUUAGGUCAAAAUUCGGUCACUACAGCUCAGUUGGUAGUGACGCCAAACACCAUGAGACAAAUUCAUGAUGUAUACAAACAAGAUGGAGGGAAAAUUGUCCAAUUUUUGCCGUGUGCAUUAUUUACAUCGUUGAAGUUGCCUUUUUCUAGAACAGGGAGAACCCUCAACUUUCAUAGUCAAUACAAAGAGACCGCCCAAUAAAGGAUGAUCCACAAAUUCUUUGCCACCAGCACCUGCCUGUCACCCCCGUAACUUUUGAACAAAGUGAGAAAAAGACUCGAAA